AUGUCAAGGGCACCCGAGAAAAAGGUAUCCAAACCAGUGGCCACAUCUGGGGUCAAAGUGCACCGGUACUUUCCCGGAAAGGCACCCGAAGGCCAUAUGGACGAAUUUUCCGAAUCCGAAUCGGAAUCCGAAGCAGAGACAGAAGCAAAAACAGAGCACACUGUGCAAUUGGCCGCCGGCACUUCAUUCAGGGCAAGCGCCAGGCUCACAGCAGCGACAGAAGUGCUAUCGGCGCCGAUGCGCAUCGGGGGUGGGAUUGGGAAUGCGCAACAGGGAAACGAGGGGUUUUCAGAUUCAGACGCCGAAUCUGACGGCGAGACCAAGCAGUUGAUGCAAGCGCGGCUUCUUGCAAGGCAGCGCGCCAACGAAGAGGCAAGCAGCGAUAGUGGCAGCGACAGCGACUCUGGAAGCGACAUGGCGCGUGCCCGGUUGCGAGCCUCGAUGCAGAUUCGUAAGCCCGAGGGUAUCGGUGCUCGUGCGGGCGCCACUGAGUCACCGGGCAGCGGCAGCAGCUCUGGCAAUAGCAGCGGCAGUAGCAGCAGCGAAGAGUCGGGCAGCAGCAGUGAGGAUGGUGGAUAUGCAGUGCGGCCAAUGCUCAAGCCGAUGUUUGUGCCCAAGUCGCAGCGACAGACACAGCAGAACCCACAGAACCCACAGCAGGCGCAGCAGUCCUCCAGGGCAGCAGCAAUGCUCGAAGACGAAAAUGGCGAGGCCAGAGACUUGGGGGCCGAGGCGUCAGCGCAGAUGAAGGAGGCGCGGCGCGAAGAGUCCGUGCGCAUGGCAGCCGAAGAGGCACGGCGCGCGCGCGAGCAGCCCGAGAUCGACAACGACGAGCAUGCGAAUCUGGUGGACGACACAGACGAUGUUGAUCCGGAGGCUGAAUUCGAAGCGUGGAAGCUGCGCGAGCUGCUGCGGAUUAAGCGCGACAAGGAGGAAGGCGAGGUUGUUGAUCUGGAGGAGCAGGAGCGCGAGCGGCGGCGCAACAUGUCCGAGGCAGAAAAGUACGCCGAGGAUAUUGAGGUUGUGCGGAAGCAGCGCGAGGAGAAAAUCGAGCGCGCGAGGGAGCUCCGCAUGGAGUACCUUGAGGAGCAGAAUGCCAUGCGGCUGGACGUUGCGCAGAACGACACGGAGGUCAAUGCUAUUAUGAGCCAGCAGAUGUUUGAGUAUGCGAUGAUCAACGCGGAGGGCCGCAGGUCCCACACAAAGUGGAAGGGGCACAGUAAGGAGGACACGUCGCGUGCAGAGCCGUCGCUGUGGGAGGAGAGUAGGCGGGCGACGCAGAGAUCGGAUGCUCGGCCAGGCACCAGCUCUGCCAGAAAUCCUCGCAGUGGCGGCAGGGAGCAGCAGCGCCGCUCUGCGGACGACUAG